GAGCAUGCGCAGUGGAACGGAACUGUCCUCCACGUUUCCCAGGGUAACCGUCAACAAGUUAGCUAGCGAGCUAAGUCCGUGUGCCUUUCGGCUGCACCGAGUAUGAAUAGCUGUAUGGUGUGUAAUGAGUAGGACACACCCAGCAUAAGGGUCCUUUAUAAUAGAUACUAGCUCCUACUAAGCACCGCGAGCCCGUUACUUUGUCACGGUGCAUAGAGCGAACACUAGCUUAGCUAGCAUGCUAACGUGGAUGAGCGCGUUCAGAGAAGAGCGUUCACAAUGACGACUCAGUUCAGCACUCUGGUUUACACGAAGAGCCCCAACACACCGAGGAGGAGAACAACGUUUCAGGACGAACUCCAAGCCGCGGUCUCCGCCAGGGCGAGCAGAAACAAAACCGAUCGAUGCUCGUACUCCGAUGACUUCGAUGAAGAUGAAGACGAUUUUUUGAAUGAGCUCCUCAAAUCGAGAAGGAAGAAGAAGAGGGCCGGCGCCACCAAAGCCGCGAAUGGUGAACCCCAGAUCAUCAACGACUUCAAGAUCUCAGAUGAUGAGGGCCAGCCCGGCAGGGCGAAGAGGGUUUCGUUCGUGAAAACCCAGAAAAUCGUCUCUCCCUCGGACGGCGACGCAUCAGGCCCCUCCGCCGGUCCGCGCAGCAAUGCAGACGACUCCUCGUCUUCACGGCACUCUGUGGUGUCCGCCGAUCCCCGGGUCGCGACAGGGAGCUCAAGUAAAUCCCUGUCGUACCACACAUCAGAUGACUCCCUGCUGGACGGGCCGUUGCCCUUACCGUCUGACAACAGUGUGGCGGAGACCCCAGGUCCAGAGGACCAGGGGAACCCUGUCCCAGAAGACCAGGGGAACCUUGUCCCAGAGGACAGCUCCCACGCUCCGCGGGUACCAGCAGAUACCAACAGGGAGCCGCCCAGGCCCAAACCAAGGCAGAGGACUCUCGGACUGAGCCUUCGCGCCGCGGAGAGGACCGCCGAAGACGCUGCAUCUCCGGAUCUCAGCCGGCCCCGGACGUCCUCCGCAUCCAUCCCCCUCUCCUCUGACGCGUCCAGCAACAUCGCUUGGACAGAAGGAAGCCCCGCGGUUUCGUGCGGUCUCAGCAAAUCCCCUUCGAGUCGGAGUGAGCAGUCGCAGCUCCUCACCAAGACCACAGUCGAUUCGGGAUCCAGAGAUGGCUUCAUUUCCGGUGACAGCCAGGAGCAGGGGAGAAAGUACUCCACAUCAUUUGAAGAGUUCACCGCCGACUCGGGAGGGCACUCGCAGCAGCUCUCCAGUGUCCACCAAAGAUCCUCAGACAGCAGGACAUCGAGUUCGCAGACCACUCGGAGAUCGCACAGCGUGUGCUCCGGAAAAGUGGAGUCAAGGUACCUGGGAACUCUCCAACUCCUGGACCGUAAAGUCCCGCCGCAAGAGUCUCAGCCCCCAGCGGCGGAUUCCCUCAGAGCCGCCGUGUACCAGGAAUGGCUUCGGAAGAAAAAGGAAAAGUCAAGAGAGAACAUGCAGAUAAAGAAGAAGGAGGAGGGAACUUUAAGAGAAAAGAUGAAAAGGCAAGAAGAGGCUAAAAAGGAAGAUUCUGUCUCAUCAUACGAGGCCUGGAAAGAAAAGAAGGCAGAGACUCUGAAGGCAAGAGCCAAAGAAAAGCAGGACGCGCUCAGAAAAGUGCAACGAGCGACCGAAGAGAGCGAAGAAAAGAAGCACUCUGCCAAACAGGUGUUUGAACAAUGGAAAAGGGAGCACGACCAUCUCCUCAAAGCAAAGGCCAGAAGGCAAAGAGAGGCUGAAAACAAGCUGCGGUUCAGCAAGCAGGAGAAGGAGGAGGAAAGAAAGAGAGGCAGCACAUCUGCCUUUUCUGACUGGAGUGAAAAGAAGACGGUUGUUCUCCAUGAAAAAGUGUCGACGGAGCGCGAAGAGAUCCAAAAUAAAGUCGAGGAGGAGCGCUACAUGAAGGAGGAGAGGGAUAAAAUGUCUUUGGAGAUGUAUGAAAGCUGGCUGGUACGGAAAGAUCUGGAACAGAAGAGACAAAGAGAAGAAAGACGAAUACAAGCGAUCCUCCAAGACGGCCCCCCUCCUCCGUGGAGCCCGCCCAAUAAAACCAUACCCUUUAGGAAAUAACCUGAAGUGCAACACGCCGCCCUUAAGAAAUCUGUGGGGUUCUGUGUUACAUUCAAGUGUGUACUGUAUGUCUUGUUUUAAACAUAGUUGAUGGCAGCUGCUGAAUGUUACAGACAUAUUUUGUACACAUUAGAGGUUUUGUGUUAGCCAGCAGCAUUGGUGCAAUUUUUUAAUUUUGUUGUUUAAACUUUGCAUUAGGUUGAGAAAAAUGGAAAAUGUUCCUUUGACUUGACAUGUCGGUGUCAAAGGAAACCCGCAGUAACAAAACCCUUUUUUUAUUUAGUUUUUAAAUGCAGUGAUCCGUUUUUGCCAUUUCAGACAGCUGAAUGUAAAGCAACAAUUAGAAAACUAUAUUGAUAUAAAAAGCUAAUAUGUUUGGUCUGCUGAUUCCUCUUCUGUUAUAGUAGUUGUAUAGUAUAGUUUUAACUGCUGUUGAUAUCCAAGUGGAUUUUUUUGGGUCACAUUCUUAGAAAUACAUCUGUAAAACAAGCUGCGCUUAUUUUAUGUACAACAUGAUUUCAUUGUUUGUUUUAAUUUAAGAGUUUUAAGAGUGCAGGGAAUGUUUUGCUUGUCACAUUUUUAAGGUUGUUAUUCAUUUCCUUUGCAUUUAUCUUUUUCCACCAUCCAAAACAUUUACUUUCGACGACAAUUCUUUAAGGAUGUCUUUAGUGAUGCAACAACACAAUAAACUUUACACCGAUUUCUGCAAAGAGAAGCAUUUUGGACCUUAAACUCAAGACACAGUGAAAUCUAAUUGUCCUAAAUAGAGCUGUAUUAUAAUUUGUUCAUGGCUUGCUGUUAGAUCUGCUCCUUCUCAUUUUCCUUAUAAAAGACUGGAAAAUGUAUCUAAAUAGAAGUAAUACACGAGCAAUAAGUCCUGCAAACUUGAAACGUUAUAUUAUUUUGUAUAUGUAUAUAGAGAGGUGUUGGAUCGAUCCGCAGCGAAUAAACUGAAAACUAUACUUCUGUCAAAUGACACUUGUCAG